UUAUGUUUGCUGCCAGAGUGUAGUCUAGAGCUAGACUCACCUAGACUAGAGCCGAGGUCGAUUGGAGUAUGGAGAACGACCAAAGAUAGGGAGAAAGAGAGGUAGAGAAGCGCUUUCGCGAUCGAAUGAACUCGGCAAGGUUUCACACUGUGAUUUACGUUAGCCGCCAUAGCCACUGGUUCAAGGUGGAUACUAAAAAUAAUACUGUUUCUCCACAAACUGUACAUCUACUUGAACGUUUGCUUGCUAUAUCUAGCUCAGUAGUAGCUGUCUACAUCAAUCAGUCAUAAUGGUUACGAGUAAUUAUCCCUGGACUGGAACUAGCACGCUCUUCCUGCAAAUAUCACUACGCUUGUAGUACUGUACCUCAAAUCGUCCCAAUCCUUUUAAUUUUCACAGUCGUCUGAGUGGGUCCAGCCCGCCAGCAACGCUUGCUGUAAUCCUGGACGCCGAGCACUUAUCUUUCCUACUCACCCAGUGUUACCUACCUACAGUACAACGGUGGUGCACUAUCCUGACUGAUUCCUGAGCAGUAGAUCUAAGCGCCCGACCUGGCCAUGGCUGACCUGCUGCUGUCAUCUCUCCUGCAAACGUCCAGGGCCACGGCGUGUGGACUGGGAAUUCACGCCGGGUCGUCCAUCGUCUCUUCAAUCCUCUCCGGAAAAAUAACCAAGAGCUUCCGGGAAUGGAACCCGGCCACCGUCAACUGCCUCAGGUUUGGCGCAUUCCUGGGCGGCUUUGCUGGCAUCUACCGCAUAAUACGUGAGCUGCUCCAGCAGCACGGAGAGAAGUUACUGGGUAACCGUCAAGUACUAGUGGCCGCAGGCAUUGCCAGCCUCGUAUCACGGAUACAGCCGUCGGCCCGUCGCCAUGUCAUCACAUUGUUCUUGGGUGGAAGAGCGCUCAGUGCCGUGGUGAGGCAGUGGGAGAAGCGUACCGGGACGACCAUCCCGCGCAGUCUAUUCCUGGCCGUGUUCUUGAUGAACACCACCGCAUUGAUACACGCCGGCGUUCUGUGCCCCGACGUUUUGCCAGCUUCUUAUUAUCGGUCGCUCUUGCGCUGGUCUUGUCGAUUCAAUGACACUCAGCUUGCACAGCUCUUUCGGCCAUUGCCCAGUGGACUGGAGCGACUGACAUGCCACGAGAUCAUACAUCCGGGCCAGACGUGCUUUCACACCAACGUCUUGUCGUUCCUGACGGCCUGGCGGUUCUCCUUGAAGCUGUACGCAGUGCUGUGCACCGUUCCACUGCUCUUUCGCUACAAGCAGCUACUCAAGAGGCCUGUUCCUAUGUUUGUGCAAGCAAUAAAGACGACGGCGCGUUCCGGCCUCUUCCUGGCCCUGUGCGCCCUGGGGGCCUUCAUCACGACGUGCUCGUUUUCUCGCAACGACUACAUCCGCCAUCUCUUCAACACGCCACAGCAUGGCCUGUCGCACAUCUUCGGCCUUUGCAUAGGAUUUGCGGGUGCAUUGCCGGUGAUAAUUGAGCCAUCGUCGCGUUGGUACGAGCUCUGUAUGUACACAACACCCAUCACCAUUCACAUGAUCUUCCGACACCUGCAGCUCAACAAGUUCAUUCCCACGACGGAAAACUUCUCCGUCUUCUUCUUCGCCACAUCUAUGAUGGUGAUCAUGCGGGCUUACGAGCUUCAGCGUGACAUAAUUCCGCCGUGGAUGGUGUCCUUCUUGAACAUCCUGCUGAGGUAAUACUCGUGUGUUUAUACAUCUAGCGAAAAUCUGGAAGUUCUGUGACGUUUAUGCCGGCGGACCAAUGUCUUUUGAGUCGAUUACUUCUAUAAUUUUACUUUAUGAAAUUGAGUUUUGACCUGAACAGGGCCGAGCCUAGGAAUCAAAAUGGAGUGGAACAUAUACAUUUGUUGAUACUGUGUGCUGUGUAGGUUGAUUGUUUCUAUGUUUUAUUGGUAGUACUUCAUAGUAUAGUAGUCAUGUACAGGAUUUGAAUAUUUCCUAACGCUGGUCGCUGGUCAUCCUUCUUAUCAUGCUUUUUAAUAUCAUCUGUGAAAAUUUGCCGUCCGUAUACUCGGCUUGAAUAUCCCCUUUACUCCUGCCACGCUUCCUUUCCUCUUUGCACAAGAGACAACUGCCUAUAUGACUGUGGAUGCAGAGCACAGAUUUAUUUACCUGCCCACGGCGGCGGCGAGUGCGGAUUACGCAGCGCCGCCUACCUGUCACAUCGAGUCUAUUUACCGAUCAUGCGAUUUAUGAAAUAUUAAUUAGCCAUAUCACCACGUCCCUUGGUUGUCUGUUCGAGCUGAGAUCCAUGGCAUGGCAGUUAUCCACAUGUGUGUGCUCCGUCACGGUUGUCGUAAUUGAUUGUCUAGGUGGAGAUAGCAAGCAUACCGGGAAUAA